AUGAAGUCACCUUCAACAGUAAAGGAAAUACAAAGUCUGACGGGCAGAGCAGCGGCCCUCAACCGAUUCCUCUCGAGAUCCACUGACAAGUGUAGACCAUUCUUCAAGGCUAUAAAAAAGGGGCAAAGAGAUAAAUGGGACGAGGAGUGCGAAGAAGCUUUCCAGAAUUUAAAGACUUACCUCACUUCACCCCCCCUGCUCUCGAAGCCAGUUCCUGGUGAAGACUUGUUCGUGUACCUGGCGGUGUCCAACUCAGCCGUCAGCUCAGCUCUCAUCCGAGAAGAACUGGGAGCCCAACAUCCGGUAUUCUACACGUCAAAAGCCCUUCUCGAUGCAGAGACUCGCUACCCAAAAUUGGAGAAGCUCAUUUUGGCCCUUGUAGUUUCCGCGAGAAAGCUACGAUCCUACUACCAAGCACAUCGAGUCAUCGUCAUGAUCGACUUUCCUUUGAGGUCAAUCCUGCACAGCCCUGACGCGUCUCAACGACUCAUGAAGUGGGCUAUAGAGCUAAGCCAAUACGACCUCCUCUACCGGCCGAAGACUGCAAUAAAAGCCCAGGCUUUGGCAGACAUUGUCGCAGAAUUCACGCCAUCGGCCGAAGAAGAGAAGCUGGUCAGCAAAAAGAAGGAAAGUUCGAUAGCAGACAAGACCUCCGAUGAACCUGACCAACCUAGAGACAUGUGGAAAUUGCGCGUAAACGGAGCGUCGAACCAAAAAGGAGCUGGAACAGGUGUUGUCAUCAUCACUCCGAAUGGAACCUUGUUGGAGCAAGCUAUCACACUUGGCUUCCCAGCCUCAAACAACGAGGCAGAAUACGAGGCAUUGCUCGCUGGCUUGCUCUUGGCAAAGGAGCUGUCAAUCAAGAAGCUGGCCAUCUACUCAGAUUCCCAGCUAAUCACAAAUCAAGCCUCAGGAGAAUACAUGGCGAAGCACCCAAGGAUGAUCUUGUACCUUGACAAAGUCCAAGAGCUGUUGAAGGUGUUUUCUACCUUCACCAUCCAACAAGUGCCUCGAGCAGAGAACGCACACGCAGACGCACUAGCGAGCUUAGGAUCAGCGCUUGAUACCCAGUUCAGACGCUCUAUCCCGGUCGAGCACCUUGACCAGCCAAGCAUAGAAGAGGCAGAACAGCCAAACCUGAUGCAGAUCGACGAGGAUCCUAGCUGGCAAGACCCCAUCAUUGACUACCUAGUUGACGAAAACUUACCCAAGGACAAGUCCGAGGCUCGAAAAAUCAAACAGAAGGCUGUGAGGUACUACAUGAAAGGUGACAUGCUUGUUCGCAAAUCAUACUUCGAACCUCACCAUACUUGCAUCAAGUACCCGCAGACGCUCGAGGUUCUUUGCAAAAUACACGACGGCGAAUGUGGAAAUCACGCUGGGGACAGAUCGCUUACCCAGAAGGCUCUCAGCAUAGGCUACUUCUGGCCUACCAUGCGCCAAGACUCCACGGAGUAUGCUCAAAGAUGUGAUCGGUGCCAACGAUAUAAGCCGAUCCCUGGCUUGCCAACUGAGGAAUACCAUCUGCAGAACAGUCCAUGGCCUUUCAUGCAAUGGGCCAUCGACUUGGUGGGACCUAUGCCGAUAGCACCUGCCAACAAGGAGAUGAUGAUCGUCGCCACGGAUUACUUCACCAAAUGGAUCGAGGCUGAGGCUUUAUCCUCUACCAAGGAAGCUGAUGUCGAACGAUUUAUCUGGAAGAACAUCAUCUACCGGCAGAUCACUGCGUUCCUUGCGAAGUAUGGCAUCAAACAGCACUUGUCAACCCCCAGAUACUCGCAAGGCAAUGGCCAAGCAGAAGCAUCCAACAAGAUCGUGCUGGACUGCUUGAAGAAAAGAGAGGAAGGUGCAAAAGGAAAACGGGUCGACGAGUUACCAGGAGUCCUGUGGGCUUAUCGCACAACCAAAAGGAGAUCAACCGGCGAGACACCAUUUUCUCUAGCCUAUGGGACAGAAGCAAUCAUCCCCCCACACAUCACAGUCCCUUCCAUGAGCAUUGAGGUGGGCAGUCUUGACCAAAACUGCAAACAGAUGAAAGUCAACCUUGAUCUGCUCGAAGGAGAACGGGAAAAGGCCAUUGUUCGAGUGGCAGCCUACCAGUAG